AUGCCUCCGGAUGUUAAAGAUGAAGAAUUUCUGUUAGGGAAAACGUCCAAUGAUGAAUUAACAACAAAUUGGGAUUCCCCUCAAGAUUUUCAAAAUCUGGCAACAAAUAUAUUGGAACCCUUGGAUAAAUUUCAGGACGAAAGAAAAGAUACAAAAAUAAAAAGAAUGAAAACUUCCCUCAGCAUUGACAACCCUCUGGAUGUUCUUCGGCAGCAAUACUACAGAGCAUUAGCCAGAAGAAUGAAAUUUAAAUCUAUUGAGAAAAAUAGGGAACAUUUAAUAAAAACAGGAAAGCGGACGGACAGGAUAUCAAAUCUUCGUACCUAUAUAGGUAAACGUUCAGGUUAUUCUGUUAAUGAUAUUGAAAAAGGGGAUUGA